AUGUAUUGCAGAUUUGUUUCGCACAGCGCGGCGAUAUUCGCACUCCUGCUCUCAACCUAUGCACAGGACCAGGUUCCUCUCUCUGGCGAAUAUAAAUGCGAGGAUCCGCCAUAUCAGGUUCACAUUGUCAGUAAAUCGCCACUAGUGAUGUAUCUCGAGAACUUUAUGACGUCUGAUGAACGAAGACACCUUUUGGAAUUAGCCGACGGCAACUUCAAGCACUCGGCCGUAGCACAAAACUCAUCUUCAACGAUACACGCCGUUCGCACAUCCCAAUCCACAUCACUACAACGUUCCCCCAUAGUCCAAUGCCUAGAACAGCGUGCCUUGAACCUCCAUGGCCUUGACAUCCACACCGCCAACAUGGAGCCCAUCCAGCUUGUAAAGUAUGCCCCCACGGAACGAUACCACUUUCACACAGAUUGGUUCACGGACGAGCAGCACGCGCUGGCUUCCAUGGGAGGAAACAGGGCAUCAUCCAUCUUCGGAUACGUCAAGGUGGAUGGUGUUCUUGGCGGCGGCACGAAUUUCCCGUUUCUGGAGCCAAAGUCCGGUGAGUGGUGUAGGUUUGUAGACUGCGAUGAGGAGUACGAGGCGGGUGUUACGUUUCGGCCCGUGGAGGGGAAUGCGGUGUUUUGGGAGAAUAUGGUUGAUUUGGGGAAGGGAUGGAGGGUUGGGGAUGAGAGGGUUUUGCAUGCGGGUUUGCCGGUGGUGAGGGGGGAGAAGGUUGGGAUGAAUAUUUGGGUGAGGGAGGGGAGGGUUCCUGAUGAGGUGAGGGGGGUGUGA